GCCCCAUGCCGAUGUCGCCCCUCCCUUUCACCCGAACAGCGAGCGACACCUGUUUCCGCGAGCAGCGGCGAACCACCAUCACCGAGCCCUCCGACCACCAUCGUGAAGCUUCCAUCGACGAACCUCAGUCGUGAACCCUUGUCUGUCGCUCACCUCCGCGACUCCUUCCAGGCGCGAACAAGCAGCAGAUGCCGACGACCCUUCCAUCGCAGCGCCUCCGUGAGCAGGUUCAUGCACAAGGACUCUAACUGCGAGCCCUCCUCCGUCCGAGAAGCAUCCACGACCUCCGAUGGGGCUGAAUUCUUGCGAGCCUCGACCUCCAUUGCAGUAGUGCGGUUCAGACUGAAACGGAGUUACUCGGGUGCAGUUCACGGCCGACGGACGCCACAGCGCCACCCGCUGAUCCCUUUGUUGCGGUUCCAGGCCAAUGAGCAUGCUGCCAACGCCCCGCUUCAACACGAGGUUCGGGGUUUGUGUUUGAUUCACAUGAGAGAUAUUGUGAAUCAUCUCUUGAGCCAAAAGGAUAUUAUCACUAAUGACUCGAUCCUUGAUGAAUCCACUCUGGUUCGGAGAUACAAGGUAGGGGAGAAGAGGGGCGAGAAGCCCAUUAAGGAUCCUAGAGAUGAGCUUGUUAGUCACAUUGCAUUAGCUGAUAGGUCUAUAGUCGGACCGGUAGCUCGGUCCGGGUCUCUUAGGGAUCAAAAUGAUAAAG